GAAGGCAACGGCAUGGAGAUACUUGUGGGCAACCAGAUGUGCUACAGCUGGUCGUCUACUGAACAUCCCCCUCCUAUAGCUAACGUCACCUGCCGCCAGCCACUGACAGGAACCACGGUCACUAUACGGAUACCUGGUCCACUGAAAUUCCUUACUUUGUGUGAAGUGCAGAUAUUUGUUUGCAGUGAUGGGUGGUUUUCUGAAGAUUGUGACAAACGGUACAGGUGCCUUAGCAGUGCUGAUGUAUGUGACAAGCUCACUGGUCGCUGUUCUGGGGGAAGUCUCCCAGGAUAUUAUGGAACCGACUGCCAAACAGAUAUCCAACAUGGAAUGGUGCUGGGUGGGGAUGCUUUUGGUCUGUGUCACUGUGGUCCUCACUGGUAGGGACGUUAUUCAUGGAAUGUAAAACAAGUGUAAACAUUUGCAGAUCUGGGCCUAGAUUUUCGAGGCUCUCUGAGAGCUAAGAUAGUCGUAAGUCAAUGUUAAUGUAUGGCACUUACGACUAUCUUGGCGCUAAGAGAGCUUCGAAAAUCCAGGCCCUC